CUCUCUCUCGUCUCGUGCUCACUGCGUGUGUCCCACUGUGCACUGAUGGAGCCUCGCUGUGGAUCGGCUCAUGUUAUUCAAGUCGACCAGCAGGGAGGAGAGGUGACAGCGGAUUGGCCGCUGAGUUUCCAGGCUGUAUUAGUAAUGACAGAGCACUUGGCCACGCAUGCGCACGAAUGAACCCGGAAGUGGAGAGGAAGAGCAGAGCAGCACUGACGGUUUUACAGAAAAAAAGAUGCAGCUUCACUUCACUAAAGACGUUUUACCGGAUUCUGUCAGCACGGACUUCCAGAACCUUAACAAACUCAACGAGCAGCAAUUUCUUCGUCUGAUUGAAAUUCUGUACCAGUUCCUGCUGGAGCCUAAAGAGACGGAGAGGUUCAUGCAGCUGCUUGGUGAAUUUGCAGGGGAACAUGGGAUGAGUGCUGGUCCUCUGAAGAACCUGAUGAAGAGCGUCCUCCUGGUGCCACAGGGCGCCAUGAAGAAAAACCUGACGGCUGAGCAGAUCAAAGAAGACCUUGUGACAUUAGGUCUAAGUGAAGACAAGGCGGCUUACUUUUCACAGCAGUGGGGGGAGCACUAUGCAGCGCUGUCGAGACUCGCUGUGGGUCAGACUCUGAUGGUCAACAAGCUGGUUGACAUGGAGUGGAAGUUUGGAGUGACUGUUGGCACCAGUGAAAUACAGAAAGUAGGCAACAUCUUUCUGCAGUUGAAGCUGGUGGUCAAAAAGGGGAUUUCCACUGAAAAUGUCUACAUGGAAUUGACGCUUCCACAGUUUUACAACUUCCUACACGAGAUGGAGAGAGCCAAAGCCAGCAUGGAGUGUUUCAGCUGAGCGUGUGUGUGUGUGUGUGAGACUGUGAGACUGUGUGUGACUGUGUGUGUGGGAGAGAGACUGUUUGUUUGUGUGCAAGUAAGACUGUGUGUGUUGGCUGUAACUGCAGGGUAGUGUGUGUUAUGUAUUACAUCAUGUGUGUCUUUGUGUGACACUGACUGAAGCUGUCAGACAUUUCUCCUCAUAUAAACAUGAAUAAAAAAGAAAACACUUGCACUCUGA